GCCAGGCUUCCCGACUUCUCUGGCUCUCACACUGGCCUCUCCCAGGGCUGAGUCUGGGCCGCAUCAGCUCUCCGUGGCUCCGCUCAUUCCUUCUCUCUUCCUCUCCUCCCUCCUCUCCAUCUCUCCUUCCUUUCCCCUCCCUCUUCCUCCCCCCUUCCCUCUCUCCCUCUCGGCUCCCGCAUUCCGCUUAGGCAGCCGGCCGGCGCCCCUGGCACCAUGCUCCGGCUCCUCCGGUUGCUGCUGCUACUGCUGCUGCUGCCCCCGCCGGGCUCCCCCGAGCCCCCAGGCCUGGUCCCGCUGUCCCCGGGGGCGCCCCCCCAGGCCCCCGACUUGUUGUACGCGGACGGGCUGCGCGCCUACGCGGCCGGGGCUUGGGCGCCGGCGGUGGCGUUGCUGCGGGAGGCGCUGCGGAGCCAGGCGGCGCUGGGCCGCGCGCGGCAGGACUGCGGGGCGCGCUGUGCGGCCGAGCCGGGGGCCGCUCUCCCCGCCGUGUGGCUUGACGCCCCGGAGCCUGACUCCGGGCCCGGCUCGGCGCAGGGGGCCUGGGAGCGGCUGCUGCUCCGCGCGGCGCUCCGCCGGGCCGAGUGCCUGACCCAGUGCGGGGCGCAGAGGCUGGGCCCCGGGGGCACCGCGCGGCUCCGCGUGGGGAGCGCUCUGCGGGACGCCUUCCGCCGCCGGGAGCCCUACAACUACCUGCAGAGGGCCUACUACCAGCUGAAGAAGCUGGACCUGGCAGCGGCUGCAGCGCACACCUUCUUUGUAGCAAACCCAACACACUUGCAGAUGCGGGAGGACAUGGCUAAGUACAGACGCAUGUCCCGGGUGAGGCCACAAAGCUUCCGGGACCUGGAGACACCACCACACUGGGCAGCCUAUGACGAUGGCCUGGAGCUACUGGGGCGCCAGGAGGCAGGACUGGCACUGCCCAGGCUGGAGGAGGCCCUGCAGGAGAGCCUGGCCCAGAUGGAGAGCUGCCGGGCUGGCUGUGAGGGGCCCGAGGAGCAGCAGAGGGAGGAAGAAGAGGAGGAAGGAGCUGGGAGCCAGGGGGGCCUCUAUGAGACCAUUGCCGGCCACUGGGUUCGGGUCCUGCAGUGCCGCCAGCGCUGUGUGGGAGACAUGGCCACACGUCCUGGACGCAGCUUCCCUGUCCCUGACUUCCUUCCCAGCCAGCUGAGGCGGCUGCACGAGGCCCAUGCUCAGGUGGGGAAUCUGUCCCAGGCUGUGGAAAAUGUCCUGAGUGUUCUGCUCUUCUACCCGGAGGACGAGCCUGCCAAGAAGGCUCUGAAUGAGUACCAGGCCCAGCUGGGAGAGCCGAGACCUGGCCUCGGUCCACGAGAGGACAUCCAGCGCUUCAUCCUACGAUCCCUGGGGGAGAAGAGACAGCUGUACUAUGCCAUGGAGCACCUGGGGGCCAGCUUCCAGGAUCCUGAUCCCUGGACUCCAGCAGCUGUCAUCCCCGAGGCACUUAGAGAAAAGCUCAGAGAGGAUCAAGAGAAGAGGCCUUGGGACCAUGAGCCGCCACAGCCGAAGCCCUUGACUCACUGGAAGGAUGUGCUCCUCCUGGAGGGAGUCACCCUGACCCAGGAUGCAAGACAGCUGAAUGGGUCAGAGCGGGUGGUGUUGGACGGGCUGCUCACUCCGGCCGAGUGCGGGGUGUUGCUGCAGCUGGCCAAGGACGCUGCUGAGGCUGGAGCCAGGUCUGGCUAUCGUGGCCGCCGCUCCCCUCACACCCCCCAUGAGCGCUUCGAAGGGCUCACAGUGCUCAAGGCUGCACAGCUGGCCCAGGCUGGGGCCGUGGGCAGUCAGGGGGCUAAGCUCCUUCUGGAGGUGAGCGAGCGUGUGAGGACCUUGACACAGGCCUACUUCUCCCCAGAGAAGCCCCUGCAUCUUUCCUUCACCCACCUGGUGUGCCGGAGCGCCAUAGAAGGCGAGCAAGACCAGCGCAUGGACCUCAGUCACCCGGUCCAUGCAGACAAUUGCGUUCUGGACCCUGACACUGGGGAGUGCUGGCGGGAGCCCCCAGCCUACACCUAUCGAGACUACAGUGGGCUCCUCUACCUCAAUGAUGACUUCCAUGGUGGGGACCUGUUCUUCACACAGCCCAAUGCCCUCACGGUCACAGCUCAGGUUCGUCCUCGCUGUGGACGCCUCGUGGCCUUUAGCUCCGGUGGAGAGAAUCCCCACGGUGUGUGGGCUGUGACUCGGGGACGGCGCUGCGCCCUGGCCCUGUGGCACACGUGGGCACCUGAGCACAGGGAGCAGGAGUGGACAGAAGCCAAAGAGCUGCUGAAGGAGCCAGAGGAGGAGGAAGAGGAGGAGGAAGAGGAAGAAAUGCCCAGCAGAGACCCUUCUCCAGAACCCCCCAGCCGCAGGCUUCCGCAGGUCCAGGACAAGGCUGGGAAACCGCCUCGGGUCCGAGAGGAACUGUGAAGGACUGAGCCAGCUCCUCGGGGAUGUGGCCACUUGACGGGUGAAGGACCAUCUUGAUGCCAGGACCCACGAGAAGCCCCCAUGUGACGGGAGCAGAACAGUGAGCUCUCUGUCCCUGCGCCCCUCCUACCUUGGGGAUCACAAGGGCUGUCCAGCCCUGGACGCAGAGGACACUGCACUGACUAGCCUAAAGCACACCAGGCCUGGUUGAUGGACCUCCAGUCUGAGGAAAGACCUAGGACAGACUGAGGACACAAUCCCUUCCUAGAAAGAAAUGGCAGGGGAGAGGGCCUGACUGUUUCACAUGUGGAGGAUGAGAGGGAGGCUAAACCCAGGGCCCUGUCCCAGCAUGUAAUAAAGAACUGAAGAUCCCUCAA